AUGUGGGAAAAAAAUAGAGUAAAUCUUUUAUUUGGUUACCAGACCCAAAAUCUACGCAGAGCUCUCUGCCUCAUAACAUUCAUGCUGACCUGUGGGGUCCUUCUCCUGUUAUUCUACUGGAAGCCGCAGUGGAGGGUAUGGGCCAACUGUAUCCCAUGCUCCUUGCAAGAAGCAGACACUAUUUUGCUAAGGACAACGGAUGAAUUUCAAAGAUAUAUGAGGAAGAAGGUAAUCUGCCUCUACUUAUCCACACUGAAGUUUCCUGUAAGGAAGAACCCAGAAGAACCCCUGGUGGCUGACUACGACUCUGUCAUAAACCAAGCCAUACUGAAGCCAGAAUUAAAAUGUAUCCAAGUGCAGAAAAUCAGGUAUGUUUGGAACCACUUGGAGAAGAGGUUUCAGAAAGUUGGGUUGCUGGAAGAUAGCAACACCUGCUACAACAUCCAUCAUACGUUUGGACUGGGUCUGACCGGUGGAGAACAAGAGGUCAGAAGAUUAGUGUGGGGGUCAAAUGCCAUUGAGGUCGAAAUCCAACCCACGUGGAAGCUGCUUGUUAAACAGGUUUUAAAUCUAUGCUACGUGUUUCAAGCCUUUACCCUCACUCUGUGGCUGUCUCAGGGUUACAUCGAAUACCCAGUGGCCAUCACCAUUGUUCUCUCCAUUGUCUUAAGCGUGUACGAUUUGCGACAGGAGUCAAUUAAGCUGCACAACCUUGUGGAGGAUCACAACAAAGUCCAGGUUACAAUCAUUGUAAAAGGCAAAGGUUUGCAGGAGCUAGAGUCCCGUCUCUUGGUUCCCGGAGAUAUUCUUAUGCUUCCAGGAAAACUUUCAUUGCCAUGCGAUGCUGCUCUGAUUGAUGGAAGCUGUGUGGUGCAUGAAGGCAUGCUCACGGGUAGGCAGUUGUCACGAAGCUUCCUCUUUCCUUCCAACAGUCAGGUCUCUCCAAAAGAUACUGCAACCAAGGCCCUGCCCCUCCUCUCCGCGCUGUCCCUCCUGUGCGGCCAGCCACCCUCCCUGACCACAGGCAUCGUGUAUGCACAAAGGAGGCUGAAGAAAAAGAAAAUCUUCUGGAUCUCCCCACAGAGAAUCAAUAUGUGCAGGCAAAUCAACCUCGUGUGCUUUGACAAAACUGGCACUCUUACAGAAGAUGGACUGGACCUCUGGGGGACUGUUCCUACUGCUGACAACUGUUUCCAGGAAGUCCACAGCUUUGCCUCGGGCAAGGCUCUGCCCUGGGGCCCACUGUGUGUGGCCAUGGCCAGCUGCCACUCUCUGAUCCUUCUCGACAGGACCAUCCAGGGAGACCCACUGGACCUCAAAAUGUUUGAGGGCACAGCUUGAAUAAAGGAAGAUUGCAAUGUAGACUACUGCAAAUUUGGGAUAUCAGUUUCCAACAUAAUAAUAAAACCAGGACCAAAAGCCAGUUGGAGCCCCUUGGAAGCCAUCGCCAUCUUUCGACAGUUUCCAUUUUCCUGCAGCCUGCAGAGGAUGUCUGUGGUCAUUCAGCGAGGGGAGGAUUAUUUUUGUGUCUAUAUGAAAGGUGCCCCGGAGAUGCUGGCUAGGUUCUGCAGAUCUGAAACAGUGACUUUCUUCCAAAUCCAAAGAGAGAAGGUGGAGUCAGAGUUAACAUUUCUGGGACUUCUCAUAAUGGAGAAUCACUUGAAAAAGGAAACAAAACCAGUCUUGAAGGAACUGAGCUAGGCCAUCAGGACUGCGAUGAUUACCGCUGACAACCUUCAAACAUCCAUCACUGUUGCAAAGAAUUCUGAAAUGAUUCCUCGGGGGAGCCACAUGAUCCUUGUUGAAGCCAAUGAACCCGAAGAGUUUGUCCCUGCCUCCGUGACCUGGAAGCUGGUAGAGAACCAAGAGAGUGGGCCUGGAAAGAAUGAAACCUAUAUUAACAUUGGAAACAGUUCAGUGCCUGAUGGAGAAAGACGGAGCUGUUACCAUUUCGCAGUGAGUGGGAAAUCAUACCAAGUGAUAUUUCAGCAUUUCAACAGCUUGCUUCCAAAAAUUCUGGUGAAUGGAACAAUUUUUGCAAGAAUGUUCCCUGGGCAGAAAUCUAGCCUCAUUGAAGAAUUUCAGAAAUUAAAUUAUUAUGUAGGCAUGUGUGGAGAUGGAGCUAAUGACUGUGGGGCUUUGAAAAUGGCUCAUGCAGGCAUUUUGCUGUCAGAACAGGAGGCAUCUGUGGCCUCCCCUUUCACCUUGAAAACAGCCAACAUGGAGUGUGUGUCUCAUCUCAUCAAAGAAAGCCUUGCUGCUCUCGUCUCAUCCUUUGGGGUAUUUAAAUACUUGAUCGUGUACAGCAUAAUCCACUUUAUGGGUACAUCACUGCUCUACUGGCAACUACAGCUUUUCGGGAUUUACCAGUAUCCCAUGUCAGAUGUUGCUACUACCUUGAUGGUCUGUUUAACAGUGAGCUCAACUCAUGCCUACCCAAAGCUGGCUCCAUACCAACCGGUAGGACAGCUCCUUUCUCCCCCUUUGCUGUUGUCAGUCUUUUUAAACACCUGCUUCACCUGCAUUGUGCAGGUCUGUGCAUUUCUCUGUGUGAAGCAGCAGCCCUGGUAUUGUGAGGUCUACAGACACAGUAAGUGCUUUCUGGACAACCAGAGUAAUUUCUCAACAAAUGUGAGUUUGGAAAGAAACUGGACUGGAAAUGCAACUCUGAUUCCCGGUUCAGUUUUAAGUUUUGAGAGUACCACGCUAUGGCCCAUCACCACCAUCAACUGUAUCACAGCAACAUUUAUCUUUUCUAAGGGAAAGCCAUUUCGAAAACCCAUCUAUACAAACUAUAUAUUCUCACUUCUGCUGGUAUCUGCCUUGGGCCUCACAAUUUCCAUUCUGUUUUCUGCUUUUCAAGAUAUAUACCGUGGGAUGGAGUUCAUCCUAACCAUCACAUCAUGGAGGAUUUCAAUUUUGGUGGCAGCCCUCACCCAAUUCUGUGUGGCCUUCUGGGAAGUGGAUGAUGGUUUAAUUGUUUUUUCCACCUGAUUUUCCAUCCUUCAAAAUCGAGAGCUCUGGCUACUGAUCAAGAAAAAAUGUGGAAUCCAUUCUAAAAGUCAAUAUAAGAACUGGCAAAAAAAAAAAAAAAAACUGGCAGAAGACCCAAUCUGGCCUCCCACAAACAGGACAGAUUAUUCAGGCGAUGGCACAAAUGGAUUCUACAUCAACCAAGGCUAUGAAAGCUCUGAAUAGAUUCCAAAAGAAAAACUCGAAUUGGGAGGCCAAACCACAGAACAACAUUUUUGGACCAGAUUGUAAUCAGAAUUGUUAACAGCAUCCCUCUUUUACCCAGAAACUAAAACACUGUAGAGAGGUGAUGAUAGUCUACGCUUAUCUUUUCUUUCUCCAUCUGAAGAUUCAAGCCUUGCAACAAAGGACCUUAAAUA